CGCCGCGCGCUGGCGUCAGUUACUCGGCUACGUUCAGACGGUGCCGUCAUUCGUUCGCCGCCGAUUGCGCAGCGUGCUCGUGCUCGUGCUCGUGCUCGCACAGCGAUAUUUCCGCGCGUACAUACACGCACGGCCGUUGACACGCGGAAGACACGCGCGACUCGCCGACCGAGAGAAGGAUCGUGCUCGUAGGAUGAUCGUCGUCGCGAGGCCGUAAUCCGCGAUCCAGGAAGUAAAGAGAGAUUUUUCCGGCACAGUGCCCCUGGCGAUUUUUACCUCACGCGCGUUAUUUGGAUUAAAGUAGAAUUACCGAGACGAGCGGCGAACCGAAGACGGGAAUCACGAUUGCGCCGAGGACGAGAAUGAAGUCUCUAAGUAAAUAUAUUGGUUUAUUCAUCGAGAUCAGACUAGAUGCUUCGACAAAAGAAUUACCUCGCCCUGGGAGUGCUCGGCUGCGUUCUUCUGCUGUUGGAGACCACCGCGGACAGCGUGUACAUACUGUCGAAGACGUCGGAGUACGGCCACCAGCCGCUCACCUCGAGCACGCUCAAGUGGCUACCGGUGGCGCACUACAACCCGAGUGAAUCGAAGGAGAUAGUCAUCGGUGGUGUCGAAAACGUGUCGGAUGAAGACGAGAACUAUGCCAAUCAAGCGGAGAAGUUGGAGACGAGGAGGCCGGCGCUCUACGUGUGCCGCGCGAUGCACAGUGGCGUAUGGGUGGCCGGUACGCAGAAGGAAAUUGAGAAGAACUGCACGGUGACGAUACACGGUGCCGUGAGGAAGUACGAGAAGUACGAACUGCUGGAGAACGUCGACGGGGCGGCGCGGAUCUCGUGGGUCGAGUGGAACAAGUAUAUGCAGCCUCACCUGGGCGCGGUGUACGUCGACAAGAAGGACCUCGUGGCUCGACACCCUGCGGUCGCCAAGGACAUGAAGAAACCGCGAUACACUCACUACAUCGGUACGCUCAGCCCGCCCGACAACUUCGGCAGUAUCGUCUACGUGAACGAGGACGGCAAGGAGGGGUCCGCGAAGUCCGGCGAGCUACUGGUGGAGACCGAGCCGAACCGUUACGAGCUGAGCGACGUUAAAUUCAACUGGCCUAGGAGGCGCGACGUUAAGCGCGUACCUCGCGUACUCGGGAAGAUGACGAUCGAAAAUCGCCGAGCCGCACCGGCGAACCUGGGGGAGGCACGCGGAUACAGCUACAACUACUCGGUCUACUGGGGUCGCAGGCACGCCAUCCUGAACGGCCUGAACACCACGAUCAAGCUAAUUAACGGCACGUCCUUGCCGAACAUAACGUGGGGUAUGCACUACAAGGAAAAUCGCACGGAGGUUUACAACGUGCAGGUCUAUCUGGAGCCUGGUACGGCCGUGAACGUGACUCUGCAGGCGAACUACACGGACAUGGAGGUGCCGUACACCGCGACGUUGGUCUCGCACUACGAGGACGGCGUGACGACGUCGCGCACCAUCAGCGGCACGCGGCAGGAGGAAACGUUGUUCGACGUCGCGGCCGAAUUCGGGGCCAUCUACUUCCUGAGCAAUUUCAGCCUGGUGCCGACCACCACGCCGCCGCCCACCACGACCACCGAGCUACCGACCACGACGACAGUGAUGACAACGACGACGAUGGUUACGACGACGAAGCAGGAGACGAAUCGGGCGACGCACCGGCACCAGACGGACGGCACGUCGUCGGAGAUGGUGAACCACGACGAGAACAUGAUUUUGCCGCCGAAGAAGACGGACAUAUCGACGGGCAUGCAGAGCGACGACGGCGGUCCGCUGUCACUCAAGAACAAGGUGGAGGUGAUUUACGGCGGCGCUACGUCAGUCGCGCUCCAGUCGAGCUUACUGACGCUCGUCGUUCCGCUUCUACUGCUGCUGAUCCUCCACAGAAUCACGUGAAGACCCGAUCGCGCGUUCGCCGCCGCCUCUAAACGUUAAAUUCCUCCUAAUUCCCGCAAUAGUAAUAUAAAAAAUAAUAUAACCCCCAGUAGACGACACCGUACCGAGAACGGAAAAAGAAUUAAAAAAGACAAAAAAAAGAAUUACACAGGAAAAAAAGAACAAAAAUAUAUUAUAUAUAUACGCGGAAAGAAAAAAUUGCUGUAAUUUCGUAUGUAGCGAUUAUCUCGCGAAUGACCUCUUUAUUUGAACACACGUACAUACACGCGCCGCUGAAUCGCGGUGCUGAUAUAAUGCUUGCCUUUAAAAAGAAACUCGAUAUUUAAUAUAUAAUAUAUAUUACAUACACGUAACAUACACACACAUACAAAAAUGCGUCUUAGGGUAACAGAAGAGAGGAUGAGAGAAAAAGUAUCCUCGCGAUUGAACGACGGAGCUAGUCUCACGACGUUGAGUUAGUACAAGAGCGAGAUCGCAGCGACCGAUGUGCAGGUGGAUUAACCUGGCCGCGAAACGUUCACCCGUUAUAUUGUUGAAGAGCCGACCGCGUAACAUUCCGUCUUUUUCUAAUCCCGCUGUGAAAUCGACUUUCCAACUAUAAUGUGUAUGUCUUUAUGCCUUCACAAAGCGUGUAACUCUAGAUCCUUUAGAAUAAUCGCUUCAAAGAACGGCACAUUCUUUUAUUUUUUAGAGGAUUGAAGAGAAAGAGAGCUGUAAAUGCCGCGAAUAACUUGUCUUGGAAUAGCAGCGUAAUAUACGUCAAGUCGGGAGAGGCGAGUAGAAGUUUAAGCAAUGGAAAGAAAGAGCAAGAUAUGCGAGUUAAUUCAGCUACGAUAUAUUUUUGAGAUUGCCGUAUAAUUUUAGAAGAGUGUAAAAUUUCUAAGGAAUAGCGAGUAAGAGAGAAAAUUGUAUAAACUAUAGGGAUAGAUGGGUACUUUUUUUAGAUACUGAUUCAAUUAAGUUCCCAAGUUAAGUUGCAGCGAAACGAUAAGCGAUCGUGUUGAGCCGUUUAAUGUAUAAUUAAGUGACGACGUUAUCCACGAUCGCGUUGUGAACAGAAAAAAAAAUUACGAAAUGUUUGUUUUAUGUAGUAUGCGUAAUUUUUUUCAUUUUAAGCAGUUCGAUAAUCAAUUCGUUGUGUACCCAUCUGUCGCCAGUGCGUAAAGUGAUACGACUUGCAGGUUUCUUAGAGUACUGUUGAAAAUGAUGGUAACGAUGGAGGAACCAUUGGUAUAUACAUACAAUAUAAAUAUUUGAAUAAUCUAUUAAUAAAAAAAAAAAGAGGAUAGAAUAUUUUGGUACGCGUGCAAAGUAUAGACUCAUUGAUUUUGACGUUUUAUGGAAAGAUUUUUUUUUUUUCCGUUCACUCGAAAGACGGCGACGGGAAUGAUCAUUUUUCAUACCGAGGUUGCGUUGUCAGCGUUUUUACCGAAGAAGUAUGUCCACAUGUAUGUAUAUAAUAUGUAUUUCUAUAUGAUCUUGAUAGUUGUAAUAUUGUGUAGUAAGCUUAUUUAUAUAACAAUGAUUUAUAGAUAUUUUCUCUACCGAUAGUAGCGUCACACACAAGUACAAUUCUUAUAUUUUACUAUUAAACCGAUGAUGGAAUAAAUCCGUAAUUAGCGCGAAACCGUUUAUUUCGGGCUAAAAAAAGCGGACGUGUUUCUAACGACAAUUUAUCAACGUAAGCCUAAUCACCGCCUGUUGUGAUAUUCAUUGAAAACCUUACGUAGACACGAAGGAGGAAAAAGGAAAACAGCAUUAUGUUGAGCGACCCGUUGAUUGCGAAAAAAAGCAAUAAUUCGUUGCGAGAUUGAAAAAUUUGCGAGAAAGCGAAAGAGAGAAAGAGAGGGGGGCGACGAUAGAAAACAAACGCAAAUAAAAUUUAUAGUACCUAUGAUAUUUUCUUCGAUAUUUUCCGAGUAAACUGACGAGAACGAAUGCGACGCGAGUAUAACGAGCGCGAGACGUGAUUUUAGCGUAGAGCUCGACGAAGAAGGAAGCUGUAUGUUCAUAAUACAACCUGAGAUCGUAAAGAUUUAACUUUCCUGAUACUCUAUACGCUGGUAGAUGUAAACAAAAACCCUAAAGUAACUCGAUCUCGGCGAAGCCAAGAAUCGUUCUAAAAAAUAUCUAUUCUCAACACAGAUGUAUCAUUUGUGAAUAAUGUUGCUGUAUUGUACAUUAUCAUGUAAAUAUAAACUAUGUACAUACAAAAA